GGGCUAGUUUGGUAAUUACGGGGAAACACAAGUGUCGGUUACCUGGUUAAGCCCAAACCCCGGCUUUAAACAUUUUCCGGGAAAAAUAACCAUUUCUAGGAAACUAUAAUAUUCGGCGGGUACGGAAAAUAAACGGACACAGUCCCAAAAAGAGAGAGAGAAAAUAAUAAUAAAAAAAACGUAUUUUCAGUUUUACUAGAGUAGAAGAAAGAAGAGAAAAAAAAAAUAAUACGAAAAGAAUUUGCUUAAGAGAGAGGACUCGAGUCAGUGACCGUACAGUCUCGGAGAGAGAGAGCGGAAAGAAGGAAAGAAAGAAAAACUCCAUUACUGUUUUAAAGCUAAUCAUCAGAAAACGAGAGUAUCAAAAGCUCUCGUCUUCGCUUAUCACAGUGUUGUUGUAUCACUCGAUAGAGCUAAGCUAGCUCUUUGCCGAUCUUUCUAGAACAUUCUAUUUACAGUUUUCUUUUUCAUCUCCACUUGAUUAGUAUUCUUGAAAAGUGUACAGUAAGCCCCUUUCUCUCUCUCGCUCCCUCUAUCUUUCUCUUAAAUGGAUUUGUACGGUCGGAGCCAAGCUAGAAACGGGUUGCAAUCGGGUCAGCAACCCGAAUGGAGCUCCGGAGGUGCCGAAACGGGGCUAGAAGAAUCGAUGUGGCGAUUGGGGCUUAAUAAUAGCGGUGGAGGUGAAUCUUAUCCGGAGCGACCCGGAGUACCCGACUGUGUGUACUAUAUGAGAACUGGGUUCUGUGGAUAUGGUAACAGGUGUCGUUAUAACCACCCUCGUAAUCGCGCUGCGGUUGAGGCAGCUGUAAGAGCUACUGGGGAAUACCCAGAACGAAUUGGGGAACCCUCUUGUGAGUUUUAUUUGAAGACUGGAACCUGUAAAUUUGGUGCAUCUUGCAAGUUCCACCAUCCGAAACAUGGAGGUGGAUCCUUGAGCCAUGUUCCACUAAAUACACAUGGAUACCCAUUACGACCGGGUGAGAAUGAAUGCUCCUACUAUUUGAAAACGGGGCAGUGCAAAUUUGGUAUAACUUGUAAAUUCCAUCAUCCUCAACCAGCUGGCUCAUCAUUGCCAGAAUCUGCACCCCAGUUUUAUCAGCCGGUGCAGUCACCUUCAAUUCCUAUACCUGACCAAUAUGGGGGUGCAUCCGCCAGCUUGAGGGUGAGACCUCCACUGUUACCUGGUUCAUAUGUGCAAGGGGCUUAUGGUCCUGUGUUGUUUUCUCCUGGAGUGGUUCCUAUUCCAGGCUGGAGUCCUUAUUCGGCACCUGUAAGUCCUGUUCUCUCUCCUAGUGCACAGCCUGCAGUUGGAGCAACUUCUCUAUAUGGUGUAACACAACUAUCUUCUUCGACACCUGCACUUGCAGGACCUUACCCCUCACCCUCUUCUGCUGCUGCUGCUGCCCCUUUAAGUGGUACCCAGAAGGAGCAAACUUUUCCAGAGAGACCUGGUGAACCUGAAUGCCAAUAUUACUUGAGAACUGGGGACUGUAAAUUUGGAUCAUCUUGUAGAUAUCAUCACCCUCGUGAUCGAGUUGUGCCAAGAACAAAUUGUGUCCUCAGCCCACUUGGUCUUCCUCUACGUCCAGGAGCACAACAUUGUACAUUUUACUUGCGAAAUGGGCAUUGCAAGUUUGGGUCCACAUGCAAAUUUGAUCAUCCAAUGGAAACAAUGAGAUACAGUCCAUCAGCAUCUUCUCUUAUCGAUAUGCCGGUUGCUCCAUACCCAGUUGGGUCUUUACUGGCGACUCUGGCCCCUUCAUCCUCUUCCUCUGAAUUGAUUGGAGGCACCAAAAUAGAUCCUUAUUUGAGUAGAAUACCUUCAUCCGGAAACACAUCAAGCAGUGGAGUUGGAUUGAUGUUCUCCCAAACUGGGUCAGUUCCACUUUCUGAGUUGCAACUUCCAAGUCAGAAUCCUGUUCCUUUAACCAGUAGCCGAAGCACAAGACAAGGUGCCGAGGUAACCUUGACUAAUUGUGCCUGUCCCAGUCGUAUUCUAUUCAGUUGUGGAAUCAAAAUCCUGAAUUUGUUGAUUUCGUCGAUCUGCUUUUGAUGCAUCUUAGUUUUGUAGCCAAAUUGGAUAUUGUCAUGCUAAGGAGCCUCUGGAUUGUAGGGACGCUAUUCAAGUCAGGACAUGUACCUUCCCAGUCAUUGUUCAUCACCUUACUGACGUUGUUUCGUUUAAUCCUGUAUCUCAAAGUUAGGCUUGAUGGUUAGUGUUUCCCUGUUAUGUUGACGUAGGCGGUUUGUAGGCCUCAUUGGCACGUACCAUUGUCCGAAAUUAAAAAAGAAAGAAGUUAUACAUUCAUUCGUGACAGGUGGAACAGCGACAUUAGAAUAGGCUUUAUUAUUAUUGAAGUCUAACAUGGUACAUUAGAAACAGUACGAGAGGCAGUAUCUGUUACAGUUAUGCUUCAUUUAGAGUAGAAUGACGAUGAUAAACUCGAAAAAUGUCUUUCAAUGUUAUGAUGCCUAUGCGACUCAA